UUUUAAGGAGUUUGCCGCGAGCGCGUCUCCUGCAUUCGCAGUCUGGGCGCGUUCGGAGGAGGAGCGAGAGAGGAAGGCGCUCUUGGGACCUCGCGGGCGCACGGCUUCUGGCUCUGCCCGGCGUCCCUGCGAUUUGGAGAAGGCGUAACCCGGUGGCUGGGCGCGGGAGAACUGCAGAGAAGCCAUGGGUGCUGGGAGCUCGACCGAGCAGCGGAGCCCGGAGCAGCCGGAGGCGGGGAGCCGGACGCCGGCCGAGCCGGAGCCCAGCGGCGGGAGCCCCGCAGCAGAGGCGGCGCCUGGAGCUCUGGAGGACCCGGCCAUCGGGGCCGCGGACCCCGCCACCAAGCUCCUGCAGAAGAAUGGCCAGCUGUCCGCCGUCAACGGCUUAGCCGAGCCGGGAGAGCUCAGUCUCCAGGAGGGAGCCCUGCACGGCCAGGAGGAGGAGGAGGAGGAGGAAGUCAUUGUCGCAGAGGUUGGACAGAGAGACUCUGAAGAUGUGAACGAAAGAGACCCAGAUAAGGAGAUGGCUGCCAACUCAGCAGUUGCUCAGGACAUCGCAAAGGAAGGGCGGGAGGAAGUGCCCGAAAUAAUCGAGCAGAUGCCUUCUCCAGAGAGCAAUUUAGAAGAGCUAGCCCAGCCCACCGAGUGCCAGAGCAACGACGUUGGGUUUAAGAAGGUGUUCAAGUUCGUGGGCUUUAAAUUCACCGUGAAGAAGGACAAGAGCGAGAAGUCUGACACAGUCCAGCUACUCACCGUCAGGAAAGAGGAAGGUGAAGGAGCGGGAGGAUCGGAUGGGGCUGGCGACCACCAGGAGCCCAGGCCAGAGCCUGGAGAAGCAACGCCCAAAGAGAGUGAACUGAAACAGUCUACAGAGAAGCCAGACGAGACCACGAAGCACGAGCAGAGCAGCACAGACACUUCUCUUCCUGCAGAGUCUGGUCAAGCGGCGGAGGAGGGCAGAGAUGGGGAGGAAAAGCAAGAAAAGGAACCAGCCAAAUCUCCAGACUCUCCAACUAGCCCAGUGGCCAGCGAAACGGCAUCACCCUUUAAGAAAUUCUUCACUCAAGGUUGGGCUGGCUGGCGCAAAAAGACCAGCUUCAGGAAGCCGAAGGAGGAGGAGCUGGAAGCUUCGGAGAAGAAAAAGGAGCAAGAGCCAGAAAGAGCAGACGCAGAAGGACAUGAGAAGAUGGAAGAGACCUCUGAGAAGCUGGCCGCCUCUGCACAGCCGCAGCCACAGGGGGCCACAGAGAGCGCUAGCGAUGCCAGGUUAUCGGCUGAAUAUGAAAAAGUGGAGCUGCCCUCCGAAGGUCAAGUGCAGGGGUCUCCUGAGGAGAAACCUGCCCCGUUAGCAACCGAAAUAUUUGAUGAAAAAGUGGAGAUUGUUGCAGAGGUCCAUGUCCGCACUACAGAGAAGGAAACGGAGGAGCCGAAAGCCGAGGCAGAAGAACUAGAAGAGUCCUUGCCGUCUGAAAAACGGGCUGAGACGAAUGCUGAGCCUCGGGAAGCCGAACCCCCGGAAGAGCCGGCGAAGGCUCCAGAAGCGGGGGCCCCCGAGGGGGACCACACCCGGCCGCCCGAACCAGGUCCUGAUGACAAACCAUCCUCGCACCCUGAAGGCAUCGUGAGUGAGGCCGAAAUGCUGGCAUCGCAGGAGAGAGUGAAGGUGCAAGGAAGCCCCUUAAAGAAGCUUUUUACGAGCACUGGCUUGAAGAAGCUUUCCGGGAAGAAGCAGAAGGUGAAAAGAGGAGGAGGAGGAGGGGAUGAAGAGUCGGGGGAGCACCACGCAGCCGUAGCUGACUCUGCAGACAGUGCAGAUGAACAGAAGGGCGAGAGCUCCGCUUCGUCCCCCGAGGAGCCCGAGGAGAUCACGUGUCUGGAGAAGGGCCUAGCGGACGCCCAGCAGGACGGGGAGGUCGAGGAAGGGACGACUUCCGACGGAGAGAAAAAGAGAGAAGGUGUGACCCCCUGGGCGUCUUUUAAAAAGAUGGUGACACCCAAGAAACGGGUGCGAAGGCUGUCGGAAAGCGACAAGGAAGAUGAGCUGGAGAAGGUGAAGAGUGCCACCCUGUCUUCCACGGAGAGCACGGCGUCCGAGAUGCAUGAGGAGGGGAAGGGACACGGGGAGGAGCCCAAGCCCGAGGAACCAAAGCGCAGGGUGGACACUUCGGUGUCUUGGGAAGCUCUGAUCUGCGUGGGGUCAUCCAAGAAAAGGGCAAGGAAAGCAUCCUCUUCUGAUGAGGAAGGGGCACCAAAACCAACGGCAGGAGAAAGCCAGAAACCAGAUGACGGAGGGAGAGACAGAGAAGCAGGAGCAGACACGGUCCCUGCUGCUUCCCAGGAGCAUGACCAAGGGCAGGGGAGCUCCUCACCUGAGCCAGCGGGAAGCCCCUCCGAAGGGGAGGGCGUCUCCACCUGGGAGUCCUUUAAAAGGCUGGUCACCUCCAGGAAAAAAUCGAAGUCGAAACUGGAAGAGAAAACGGACGACUCUGUAACUGGGGCUGGUCUAGAACAUUCGGCCGCAGAUGUUGAAACUGGGAAGGAGGAGUCUUGGGUUUCGAUUAAGAAAUUUAUUCCUGGGCGAAGGAAGAAAAGGUCAGACGGGAAACAAGACCAAACCGCUGCUGAGGACACGGGGCCACCCGAAGUCCACGAAGAUGACGCCGACGUCCCCGCCGUGGUGCCUCUGUCCGAGUACGAUGCCGUGGAAAGGGAGAAAAUGGAAGCACAGGGCGCCCAGGGGAGCGAGGAGAAGCCUGAGCAAAGGGGAGCAGCGGUGUACGUGUCGGAGGAGCUCAGCAAGAGUCUGGUGCACACAGUCGCCGUGGCCGUGGUGGAUGGGGCGAGGGCCGUUGCCGACAUUGAGGAAAGGUCGCCUUCCUGGAUCUCUGCGUCGGUGACCGAACCCCUCGAGCGAUCCGAAGAUGAAGACAAGCCACCGAGCGGAGAGGUGCUUGAGAGAGAGGCCGCGGCAGAGGAGAGCCCCCUUGCUGCCAAAGCUCUGCCCGAGAGCCGGGAUGCCAGCGAUGACACGAUCGUCAGUGAGAUGGAACUGACUUCCGAAGCCGUGACCGCUGCAGAGACCACGGGGGCAUUUUGUGCUGAAGAAGCAACGGAAGCGUCUGGCGCCGAAGAGACCACCGACAUGGUUUCGGCCGUUUCCCAGUUAACCGACUCUCCGGACACCACGGAGGAAGCUACGCCAGUCCAGGAGGUGGAGGGUGGCGUGCCAGACACGGAAGACCAGGACAGGCGAACCCAAGAGGUCCUGCAGGCAGUCGCCCGAAAAGUUAGGGAAGAGUCGCAGCUGCCUGGUGCCACAGGACCAGAAGACACAGUUCAGACAACGUGGAAAGGAGAAUCAGAAAUACCAGAGGAGGAGGAAGGAGGAGAAGAGGAGUCUCAAGUGCCAGGUCUGAAGAAAGAGAUGGACGUCGUGUUGAAAGGACACGUCGAAGAAACAGACACUGAGAAUUUGACACAAGGGAAGGCAAAUGCGCAGGCCACUCCAGAACGCUUCAGAAGAGUUCCUCAAGUCACAGAGGGUGUAGAGUCCAGCGAGCUUAUAACCACCUGUCCAGCCGCAACAUUGCUUGGGAUAAAAUCAGAGAUUCCACUGGAGCAGGCUGCUGCCCCUGACUCAGCUGGAACUCUCACAGACAGUGAGACCAACGGGAGCACCCCAGUAGCAGACUCUGAAGCUCUCCAAAUCACACAGCAAGACCGAGUCGUGGACAUCCACGCGAGUGGUGAGGUGGCCUCUGGCACAGGGUCACAGGUCAUGGAAGCAGAGGCAGUUCCCGCGCUGAAAGAGACGCCUCCAGCACCCUCUGGUGUUCCAUCCCAGGAAGAACGCAGGGAACGUGUUCUAGAGCACGUGGAUGAAGAGGUAUCCGUGGAAACCGUACCCAUUCUUUCAAAGACGGUGGUGAUUCAAGAGGCCAGCCAGUUGGCUGAUGACGAAAUCAAGGACGUACCAUUUGUUGUUGAAGGACUUGGAGGGUCUGCAGACACAGAAAUAACAGCCAGUCGGAAAAAGGUCCGUGAAGUUGUCCCUCAAGGUGAAGUUACUGAAGAAGCCGAAUUUCAAGAGAAUGAUAGUAUUGAACGCCAGAGUCACACUCAGUUUCUUCCAACCCCAGAGGGGGGGGAGGUGGUAGUUCAGGUAGAAAGGGAGGAAAUGGAAGCAAAGCCAGCUCCAGAGGGUGAAGAGAAACUCGAGCCAAAACCAGUUGAAGUGCACAGUCAACAGCUGGUCCAGACAGUUCACGUAACCAUCGUAGAUGGGGAAAAGGAAGUUAUCAGUUGUGAAGAAAGUUCUUUUUGGCUGGUUGAAAAGGAAGCAGUCUGCACAGAAAUUCAAGUUCAAAGCUCUGAGACAUCAUUACCUCUAACAGUUGCAACAGUGGAGGAGAAGGUCUUAGGAGAAACUGUCAAGAUUUUAGAAACACCUGGAACCCUGGAGCCUGCAGAAGCACAUUUGGAAGAGGCAGAAGAGUCCUCUGAAAAAGAAGACUUCAUUGUUCAGCCAGGGGAAGAUGCCGUGCCCACGGGGAAUGAGUCUCAGGCAGAAUCAGUCCCAGUGAUAGUACCUGCUGCCCCUGAAAAAGGCAUCAGUGCUGACCCGGAAGCAGAUGAAACCCCAUCACGGAAAGGGAGGUCGGGUGAAGACCACGAGCAGGUUAUCUGUCAGGAAGUCAGAGUGAAUGAAACGGAAGAUUUAAAGGCUGAAAAGGAGAUUUUGCAACUUACGACCGAGAGCCGUAAACUUGUGCAAAACGUAAUUCAAACAGCCGUUGACCGGUUAGCAAGUACAGAAGACACAGCCACAGAUGGCCAGACACCGGCUCUGCUGAUACAAGCGGACGACCUGGAAGCUGAACAGAGCAUUGAAAAAGAAGAAAGGGAACCUCAGGUCUCCGCAGAGGGCGAGACACAAACUACCACGGCCAAAGAGGGGUCCGCACUGACCGCCGCGGAACACACGUGCUCAGAUGUUUCCAAAGAUGUGAAUGCGGCUCCCCAAGAGGUCAUGACUCUUGAGGUCGAAGGUUCCCGUGUUAGCGACCAGCAGCUUGCAGAGGUAAUUCUGUUAACCCGGGAAAAGAGAGAAGCCCCUGGAACCAGAUCUGUGCGGGAAGAUGGUGAUCGAGGCGGCUUGGGAGAAAGAACAGAGAAGCCUCGGUCGGAAUCCCAGGAAGAUGAAAACGGUGAUGCUGCCGAUUACCCCGAGAACCAUACCUCAGCCCUGGAAGACACCGAGGCCUCGGGAGCCUUAACCAAAGAGUCCGCCGAUGCAAAUGGGCCAAAACUAAAAGAGAAGGAAGUAGAAUUUCAGGAUGGAAACGGGCAGAGCGAGUCAGAAACAGAGAUCGAAACACACACCCAGGAGGAAACCCAGAAACCAGAGAGGCAGCCGGCGGCCCCAGAACUCACAGAAUCCUAAAACGUCACUUACCCUCAUGUACUUGCGAGACCAGAACGAGGAGAACAAGUGGUGGAAGAAAGUGAACGCUGCUGCUAAGACCGCAGAGCAACCUCCAGACCUUGGACAACUGAAGAACAGGCGCAUGGACUGGUCUCGUUCCGAGGGAACCCCGACAAUCCCGAGGCUUCAUCGGGAGCUCCAGCCGGUUCACAGUUCCUCCCUUCAAGACCACCCUGUUGGCUGUCCCUUGAUUCCGCGUAGUGUCUCUCAUUUAAGGUCCUGUGUUCUACACCUGGAACUGGAGUUGGAAACACCUAGUUCCACGUCUCAAACUGGAGUAUCAUUCUUUAUGUAUUUAUAUGUAUGUUUUAAGUAAUCCUCUUCCUGUAUCUAUUGUAUAUUUUUUUCUUAACGUUUAAGGAAAUGUGCAGUGUAGCACAUUUCUCUUGUAUCACACAAUACUGACGGGGCACGCGGCCAUAGUGGAGCUUUGGGGAGCUUCUUUUACGACCUGUGAAAACAGCUUCCUAGAAAUAACAUUCCUGAUCAGAUACUACAGCUCUUACUAUAAAAUUCACUAAGGAUUAGGUCCAUGAUUAGUAUUACUCUGAGAUUGGUCACUUUCCUACUAUGCACAGUGCUAAAAAUAAAAAGCUUUUCUUUUCUUUUUCUUUUUUUUUUUGGAAACAUACAGAAUGUUCCAUUGUUACUGUGAAAUUUUUCUUCCUGGCCCAGUGGAAGUUGCAAGUUUUUUUUCAGUUGCACAUUAAGUCUUUUCUCCUAAUUGUUAUGCUUGUUUUGGACAGAUGAGUGUGCUUAAUCCUGAUGCAAAGUAGAGAUCUGUUUUUCAUACUGUUAAGAAAAGAAUUGACUGUUUUUUUAAGUUUUUGAUUCUACUCCUAGAUGCUGGAACCCAUUUACACACAGCACGAAGCAAGUCUGGUUCUUUACGACUGGUAUUUUGAUAGAUGCUGGAUGGUGUCUGUGCCAUAUCUGUGCCCGCUCUUUUAAGACAAUGUUGCAUUAUGUCCAUCUCCAGAAAUUGUGCUUUGACAACUGAUUUAAAUAAAACAUGUGCUUCACCGAGAUUUGCUGGUUUUAUUAGCUACUAGGAAGCCUGGGACAUAGGUUUACUGCAUUCUGAAAGCAGUAUGAGUUAGAAGUUUCUCAUGCAGCCUCUGUAUGAUGUUACCACUUCAUACCGGUUCGGGCUGAUGUUCAGAGGAAGUCAGCAGAUGGUUGUAUACACCAGGAUGAACGCGGGGCUUUUCAGAGGGACAGUGCUGUUACAAUGCUGCCACCUGGUGGGGUCUUCCGGGAAAGGUCAGUUUUCGGCAUUGGUAUUUGUUAAUGACUAAUGUUUCUAGAAAGAAAUUUUAAGAAGGCUUAAUAGUAAAAAUGCCAUGCCUGACAGGUGAUCUAUCUGGGGAUUUUUUUUUAAUGUUAAAGUGAUUCGUGAUUCUUGCUAAUAUAUAAAAGAUUCCGUCAAAGCAUUGCCACAUGAAGAACAGUCACCUGUCUACCAUAAAAUUCCACUUUUUUCACAUGUAAAACUGGCCUGGCAUAUAUAUUUUUUUACAAAGUUUACUCAAACUCAGCCCUCCAGUCUGAGAACUUAAUUUCAGUGGCCAAUUAGUGAUUUUAAAGCAUAACAGUCUAGACAGUCUAAAAUAGUCUUACCGAGAAAGAAAAUUUGCUGUUAAAACCAGAGAGUAGUUUCUGUUAUACCAACAACCUGACUACCACAA